GUUGUCCGCCACGUCGGUGCUGUGGCUGCGUUCCCUACAACUCCCACUCAGUCAAGCCGUUCCUUUCACAUCCUCAGCCGACAUGUUUCUGCGUCGGUCCCUUCUUGCCAUUGUUCUGGUCACUGUAGCGGCAUUUUUCUGUGCCCAGUCUGUCGAGGCUGCGGCAAAAGGCCCAAAGAUAACGAACAAGAUUUACUUCGACAUCAAACACGGCGACAAGGAUUUGGGCAAAAUCGUUAUCGGCCUCUACGGUGGUACCGUGCCCAAGACCGUGGAGAACUUCCGUGCACUCGCGACUGGCGUCAAGAAGGAUGGCACUGAGCUCCCGGAGGGCUUUGGCUACAAGGGUUCCAAGUUUCACCGCGUCAUCAAGAACUUCAUGAUCCAGGGUGGCGACUUCACCAAAGGCGACGGCACUGGCGGCAAGUCUAUCUACGGCGACAAAUUCGCCGACGAGAACUUUAAAUUGCGUCACACCCGCCCCGGCCUCCUGUCCAUGGCCAAUGCGGGGAAGGACACCAAUGGUUCGCAAUUUUUCAUCACGACUGUCGUGACUAGCUGGCUGGAUGGCAAGCACGUCGUCUUUGGUGAAAUCCUGGAAGGCAUGGACAUCGUGAAGAUAAUCGAGGAUGUCGCAAAAGGCAUAAAUGACCGUCCCGUGGAUGACGUCGUAAUUGCGGACUGUGGAGAGAUUGAACUGCCAGUGGACUCGGACGGCAGCCAGGUUUUCGAUCCAUCCCCAGCGACGGAUGUUCCUACUGGCGCAGACGCAACAACAACGGUCCCCGCUUUGCCCGAGACCGGUGGAGACAAGGAAGCCGUACCCACCGCAGAGCCAGCCGACCAAGACAUGCCUGACAUGGACCACAUCGCAGCGAGACCCGCGCCUGGUUUCUUCACCUAUAUUUUCAUACUCUUUUUGGUCCUUGGUGCAGGUGCCCUCUUCUGGUACUUCGGUGGCCUGCGCAUGUUCCGCCGGUUUACGGAAUGGCAGCGUGAACGUGCACACUACCGCAAGGUGGCUGACGACCGCGACUUGGAGAAGUAAACUAUCCUAAUUUUUGCCGGUCGUCGUUCCUUCUUCUCUUGUAGACAUAAAGUUAUCGAUAAUUCACUGGACCUCGUUGUAUCCUUUUCUCGUUGCGUGUUCAAUAGUGGAUGCCUCCUGGCAGCUAAGUGGC